CGAGUUCUCCUUUCUACGUCACUUCCGGUUUUUGACCUGUGAUCCAAAGCUCGAACCGCAAGUCAAGAACGUUCCCCAUUUACACAAAAAAUACGAAGAUUGACCACUUAUAGCUGUUCAAUACUUCUUAUUUGGGUUAUAAGCUAUCUUUUUUUAAAAUGUUGUUCUGAGGUGUAGAGUAUCCCUUUAAGCUAUUUGUCAGUGCGUUUCUGAGACACACCGAGAGAUUUCGUGUGAACGGAAUUGGUUCAUAUUGGAUUCCUUGCCUUUACCUUCCAGCUAAUGAAAAUUGCUGUAUGAUUGUUUUUCUUUCUCCAUUAGCCGAUGGUACAUGCGCAGGAGUGAGAUGUCAUCCGGAUGCCACAUGUGAUCAAGACCAGCCACUUGGUCCAGUGUGCAUUUGCAAGGCUGGUUACCAAGGAAAUGGACGGAAGUGUUCUGACAUCGAUGAAUGCACCAGAGAUGAUCAUGAGUGCCACCAAGAUGCCGAGUGUAUCAACACUGUGGGAUCCUACAACUGUUCCUGCAAACUGGGGUUUGAAGGCGACGGGAAUAACUGCAAGCCUGACGGGACUUGCGCAGGCGUCGUGUGCGCUGUUGACGCUGACUGUGUGACGUCAUCUAGCGGUGGUAAAGUUUGCGAAUGUAAAACAGGUUACUCAGGAGAUGGUCGUACUUGUAGAGAUAUCGAUGAGUGCUCUCUGCUUACCCACAAAUGCCACAGGAAGUCAAGAUGCAUCAAUCGCCCUGGGUCGUACUUAUGUCGCUGUAAACCUGGAUAUUUUGGCAAUGGUUUCAACUGCUCGAGUGAUGGUACGUGCGAGGGAGUUGCUUGUCACUACAAUGCCGAUUGCGUGGCACUCGACAACAGUGACGAACCAGAGAAGGAGUGCCGAUGUAAACCAGGCUAUACGGGGAGGGGAGUUAUUUGUAGCGAUAUAAACGAAUGUCUGGAUAAAUCAGUUUGCCCCGAUAAAGCUGAAUGUUUCAAUAUGGCUGGUUCAUUCAUGUGCCACUGUCUUCCGGGCUACAAAAUGGUUGGAAAGACUUGCAGAAAGGAUUGUAAUCUAUGUUUGAACGGUGGCUCCUGUACUGAUAAUAACACCUGUCUGUGUCCCCCUGGAUUUUCCGGCGCAAGAUGCCAAUGGCAUGGAGAUGCGUCUCUGAUCUUCAGUAAAGGAAACAGCAUACAGCGCAUGUCUCUUCCUCCCCGACCCAACAACAUAGGAGUAAUUUACCAGAAAGCAGGCGCUGUACACGUUGGUGUUGACUAUGAUUGCGUGGACCAGACGGUGUACUGGACUGAGGUCACUAAGGGCGUUAUCGUGCGUGCUAAGUAUGAUGGGAGCGACAUGGAAGUCGUUAUUAACAGCGGAGAAAUUACAAGUCCAGAAGGAAUUGCGGUGGAUUGGUUGGGAAGGAACAUUUACUGGACGGACUCGUGGCUUGACACCAUUGAAGUAGCCAUGCUGAAUGGCAGCCACAGACGAACUCUUAUCUCUUCUGACCUGGUGGAUCCGAGGGCCAUCAUAGUUGAUCCACCUAACGGGAAAAUGUACUGGGCCGAUUGGAGCCGAAAUCGUCCGAAGAUCGAAGUGGCUAACAUGGACGGAACCGAUCGCCGAGUACUCGUUAAAUAUCCCCUGAGUCUUCCGAACGGCUUAACGCUCGUACACUCAACAAAUGAACUUUGCUACUCUGAUGCCGGCAUGUGGGCGAUCUCUUGCGUAAAUCUAGGAGAUCUGAGCAUGCGUAAGGCUUACAAUCCAACUACUUACCCGUUUGGCAUAACCAGUUUUAACCGGACGUUGUUCUGGACAGACUGGACCUUGGGAAGAAUCCAAAGGAUGGGAAUGAACUCAAAGAUUCCUGACAAGCCCCUCAGGUCAUUUGUAGGGAGCAGUGGAAAGAUAUUCGAUAUCAAAGCUGUGCAACCGUGUGGAAGAACAGCUGCUGCAGUCAAGAACCCCUGCGCUGUUGAAAAUGGCGGCUGCACGGGAUUGUGCUUAUUGAAACCGAAAGGUCAUUCAUGUUCAUGUCCCAAUGGGCUUCAUCUUGUCAAGACAGGAAACGGAACGAGAUGCCAGGAAAAAUGCAACGGUGCCUUGGGAAUGGAAAGUGGUUUUAUCACCGACCAGCAGCUAUCAGCUCAUUCUGCGUGGAACAACAACCGUGCGCGUUACGGCGCCGCACGCGCGCGUCUGUACUUGAGCGAAUGGCCUCAGGGGUGGAGUGCGAAGAAAAAUGAUCCGUCACCAUGGCUACAAAUAGACCUGCUGCUGGUGCGAGCCGUGACUGCAGUGGCAACUCAAGGGUAUGGGAACAAGAAUGAAAAGGAAUGGGUUAAGACCUAUGUGAUAAUGACGUCGCAUGAUGGAGAAAGAUGGAACACAUACAAGGAAGGAGGACGAAAACGGAUUUUUAUCGGGAAUGUUGACACGAAUUCAGUGGUACGAAAUGAGCUAAAGAUACCGCUGAGAACUCGCUGGCUCAGGAUCGUCCCUCGCUCAUGGAACAAUCACAUAGGACUGCGGGUGGAAUUGUACGGCUGUUGAGUUCAUAAGAGGAACGGCUUACAUUCCCAGGCGGUACUGCGAAGGGCGCUUACUUGGACCUGUGGAGGUUGACGACGGUUUACGAAUUUGAAGAAUCGUGAAUAUUAUACAGCAUCUGCUAAGAUAAGAACUUUGCAAACCCUAUGGGAUUUUGCUUUUAAGACUUUGCCGAUAUUAAAUUUAGUAAAUAUGUUAAUGAAAUAUUUUUUUUAACAGUAACUUUAUGAAAAUCGUGAUAUACAUGUAAAUCAGCACUGUUAUAUAUAUGUGGCACGAUGACGAGAUAAUCUUAGUCACGAUCGACUUUUAGCUACAGUUAUUUGAUUUGCUUGCUUUUUAAAGCUUUGCUGGUCUCUUUAAAAUUUUGCAAAAUUCUUCAUUCUGUUAAAUGAAGAAUCUAAGCAAAUGUCAAACCUCAGCGCUUGUCUAACAACAAAACAUAAAGUUGGACAUCUCUGUUGUCCAUAGUAACUCAAUUCGCCGAAUAAAUAAUAGGCUACUUUCAAUACAGCGAUAUUCGAAAGUAGCUCAGAGGAUAACAAUAAAAAAAUGAAUUCGUGAACUUCUUUUGUCUUGUAUUUCGCCCACAGUAUUGGAUAAAUAGAAAUUGAGAUUGUUGUACACCAAAUACAGGUUAGAAUUGAGACAGCAUAGAAGUCGUAAGGCAGCUUUUAUUUUAACUGAGGCAAGCUGUAGAUCAUCUCAAAAUAUACGAAUUAGCGCAAAAUUUAAUAUUUAGCUAUGUUUAUCUAAUAAAUAAAGUAUUUUUUCGAAGGCCUGUUUACUACAACUUGCAUAUUAUCGGUCAAAGUGAUUAUAGAAUAUAUUUAUUUUCUUAACGACAACAAUGAAUAAUGGCAUAAUUCGGAUUAUUGUAAUAUGAACUGACCCGAGCUUAGCUACCUCUAGUCGUUCAGUGGAUACUCUUUCUCAUUAACUUUAUGUGCCUAAGAAACUAAGGUGAACAUUUCUAUAUUACUUAGGAAAGCAGCUCUGUAAGUAAACAGUGUUCUCUAUAAUAAAACUAGAAAAAUAAAAUUGAAACAAGAGACUGGAAA